AUGGCUCCCAUCGCAUACGACCCGGAGAACAUCUUCCUCAAGAUCAUCAAGGGCGAGAUCCCGAGCUUCAAGCUGUUCGAGACGGAGCACGUGCUGGCCAUCCUGGACGCGUUCCCGGUGGCCCCGGGCCACGCGCUGCUGCUGCCCAAGGCGCCGGGCUUCGCGACGGUGCUGGACAUGACGCCCGAGGUGGCGGCCAACGUGUUCAAGGAGCUGCCGCGCCUGGCCAAGGCCGUGCAGGAGGCCACGGGCUGCGACGGCCUCAACAUCGUGCAGAACAACGGCGCGGCCUCGGGCCAGGCCGUCUUCCACGCGCACAUCCACGUGAUCCCGCGCUUCGAGGGCGACGAGCUCAUCAAGCUCCCGGCCGGCCAGACCAUGAUCGCCAAGGAGGACGGCCAGGCCAUGCAGGCCAAGAUCCAGAACAAGCUCUAG